UGUAUAUAUAUAUGAAAAUACAUAAUCCAUGGGGUUCAAAAAAAGACAACACAUAAUUAAUAAUUAAAGUUUAAAACAAAAAAAAAGUAAUUUUUAUUUUGAAAAUGUUCUAUAAUUCAAAUAUUGUAGAAAAUAUAUUAAUAGUUAUAUUUUAAAGUUCUAUUUAAUUAUACACAUAUUAAACAGUGCGCAAUUGAUAGUUAGUUUAUUAUUUAAACAUACUAAAUAAAAUUUAAAUAUAUUUUUAUAUGUUUCACAUGCUGUAUAAAAUUUAUGUAAUUUAAUUAGUAUAAAAUAAACCUGGAUUUUCAUAAUACAAAAUUAAAUUCUAGUGUAAUAAAUAGAUAAUACUUAUAACUAACAAAUUUCAUAAACUUUGCUAUACUUUAUGAUACAAAAUAUUGAUUUAAAGCAUUAUGGAAAUAAUUUAACUAACAAAACUCCAAUAACUUGAUUUUAGAAAAUAAUUAGUUUUUGUGAGUUUUUAUUUGUUUAAUAAAAUUGUUGAAGUGAUUUUAUAUAUGAAAAUAACUAACUUGUUAACAGCAAAAAAAAAAGAAAAAAAAAGUACCCGCAAAAUAUGGAUUUUGGUUUCUGUGUGUAAAAUGGUAAAAGGGUUAAAAAUCUGGUUUCCCUACAGAGAGUAAAGGCCAUUCUGAAUCAAAAUCGAAGGUUGCUGGGUUUGUUCUAAAUCGAAAUCAAAGGCCAUAUGUUUUUAUGAAGACGAAAACGAAAUCGAAGGCUAGGGGUUUGUUCUGAACCGAAAUCGAAGGCCUCUCACAUCUAUCUUCUGAAAACGAAAACGAAAUCGAAGAUUACCAGUGGAACUGAGUCUAAGAGCUGGGUAUUAGUUCUUCAAGACGCAAGUUCAGUUGAAAGAAAUGUCAAAAACCCAGCUAGAUCAGUCAUGGAUCGGUACGCAAAAUGGAAACAGAGAGAGCUUCUUGUUAUACUCUUCUACGCCGUCGCUUUCUACGCCUAUGCUCUACGGAUAUCCCUUCGUCUCUCUCACGAUCAUUACUUGAAGCUCCGCGGUUUAGCUCCUGGCUGGCUCAUCCCUAGUCGACGCAAUGAUGUAUCCGAUGCUCAAUGGAGGAACUUCCGCGGAAACUUGCCAAUUCUCAGUUUCGUUUUCGCUGUUUUCACCGUGAUUGCAAAUGGAUCUAGGUCUCUUUUCAAAUUGAAAGCCAAAGGAAUGACCAUCUUGUGGCUUUUCUUGUCACUUGUAUACUUGACUUACUUACAUGGAGCUUGCGUCAUUUUCAUUCUCUCCAUCGCAACAGCUAAUUUCCUCCUUGUUAAGGUUUUUGCGCGGAAAAAGUUCUUUCCUUUCAUGCUUUGGGCUUUCAACUUAUUCUUCCUCUUGUGCAAUCGUAUUUAUGAAGGCUAUUCCUUCUCCAUUUUCGGGCCACAGUUUGAGUACCUGGACAACUUUAGGGGCACGUUCAGAUGGCAUAUAUGCUUUAACUUUGUCGUUCUGCGCAUGAUAAGUUUUGGAUAUGAUUAUCACUGGGGUCAACUGGAUUCUCAUUUUGAUCUGGAGAAACACGUAACGCGCUGCUCGUUAUGUAAGUUGGGGAAGACUUGCUACGUAGUUCGACAGGAGAAAGAUAUAGCAAGUGACAGCAGCUGCAGUUUUUCUUUAUACCUUUGUUAUUUGGUCUAUGCCCCCUUGUACCUUGCGGGGCCAAUCAUAAGCUUCAAUGCCUUUGCCUCUCAGCUAGAUGUGCCACAGAAUACUCAUUCAGUGAAAGAUGUUGCACGAUAUGGAUUGCGUUGGUUAUUCAGCUUUUUGCUGAUGGAACUUAUGACGCAAUUCUUCUAUUACAAUGCCUUUGUGAUCAGUGGUCUGUGGAGAGAAUUAUCUCCUGUGGAAAUAUUUAUCAUCGGAUACGGAGUGCUAAACUUCAUGUGGCUCAAGUUCCUUCUUUUAUGGAGAUAUUUCCGCUUCUGGUCUUUGGUGAAUGGCAUUGAAACUGUUGAGAACAUGCCGAAUUGCAUUAAUAAUUGCUAUAGCCUGGAAACAUUCUGGAAAACCUGGCAUGCAUCGUUUAAUAGGUGGCUUAUCAGGUAUAUGUAUAUUCCUCUGGGUGGAUCACGAAGAAAGUUUCUGAAUGUGUGGGUUGUAUUCACAUUUGUUGCCGUGUGGCAUGAUUUAGAAUGGAAGCUUCUUUCGUGGGCAUGGUUAACAUGUUUAUUCUUCAUGCCAGAAAUGUUGCUGAAAUCAGCAUCCAAUGCAAUUAAGGUUCAGAGUGCUUUUGGAGAGUUUCUCCUUCGUGAACUCAAGGCGUUGUCUGGCGCUGUGACAAUCACAUGCCUCAUGAUGGCAAAUCUUGCUGGCUAUGUCAUCGGACCAUCAGGUCUAAGCUUGUUUGUCUCCAGCUUUCUUAGUAAAGAAGGAUUACCUGUUCUAGGCGGGGUGUUCUUUAGCUUUUACGUGGGUACAAAGCUGAUGUUUCACAUCAAGGACUUGAGAAGUGGGGUACAUCGCCCGAGGUAGCCAAAGCAAGGAGAUGUAGUUUCAUUGUUGAUUGUUAGGUAUAAUUUGUGUCAAGUUUUGGUUGGAGUAAGUUGCACAAAAUAAAAUUUGGUUGGAGUAAGAAACUGUGUUUUUCCUUGCUGAAAGAUUGCAAAACAAAAUCAACUUUUGCAAAGGGCUUUUUUCUUUCUUUUGCUGUCAUGUCUAACUCCACAUUCAUCAAUCACAAACAAUCAUCAAGACUUGCCAUA